AUGCAACAGCUACAAAAGGUCAGUACCGGAUUCUCAACACUAUUUUUCUUGCCUGUUUCGAUUGUGUUCGUCUGCUCAUUGGUUGUGGGAGUAAAUUGCUGCAAAAAGAAGAAACGGAGGCGUCGUCAUGCUCGUCGGGCAAACAAAAACAACACCAACAACAGCAACAACGAUCGAAUGAUAAAAGGAUCUAAAACGAGAGCCUUCUUUCAGAGAUUGAAUCCGCUGGAGGAAACCAACGAGACUGACCUUGGAAGCUUAGACGAUGUUGAUCUUAGUAAAGAAGUUCCUGCACCCAAAAGCUUUAGACUGGAUCUAAAAUCGGUAAAUGUUUACUAA